AUGUCUUCUAUCACAAGAGCCGUCACCUCACGGCUCAGCGAGUUGACGAACGGAAGACAACGUCUAACUUCGGAAAAGCAAUCCGUUACACCUGGCCAAUUCAACUACAUCAUUCCACCAGCAAUUAUUUGGGAGGAUUUUCAAGCACAAAAACAGGAGCCAUUGAAAGUCGAGGUCGAGUCUGAACCAAAAGUGGAGAAUCCUGAGAAAAAGACAAGUCCAAGCAUCUUCUCACAAAAAAUGAGCGCCGUCGUUCGCAAGUUAUCGCCAUUCAGCGACGACAGUUCGUCGUCUUCAUCAAAGGAUAAAGACAAUGCAUCGGCUAGUAGCACUAGUGUUGACGAUGCAAAACCGGUCAAAAAGAGCGGCGGUCGUUUCAAAGGAACGAAACAAAAAAUGGAACAAUUCAAGAAACUUCGCCGGUCCAAGGAUCGUCAACAACUGAUUGAGUCCAGUGAUGAUGAAUGCUAA